CCCUCAAUGUCACCGAGCGCCGGCGUGGGAAGGACGGGAGCGGGCGUGGGGCGGAGCCGGCGUGUGUGCGUGCGUGACGCGCGGGGCGUGUGGUACGUGCGCGACGGGUCCGGGACACUGGCGGCGCGACCCGUUCCCGGCUUGAGGCCGGCUGCGGUGGAGUGGAGGCUCCGGGGCGUUUGCCUUAAUCAAUGUAGAGGAAACGUGGAAGAGAAAGAUGGAUCUUUUGUGAACUGUAAAACUCCGGGAGAAUUACUCAAGGUGAUGAGGACAAUUGAUGACAGAAUAGUCCAUGAAUUAAACACUACGGUUCCAACAGCUUCCUUUGCAGGGAAAAUUGAUGCCAGCCAAACCUGUAAACAACUUUAUGAGUCUUUGACGGCAGCUCAUGCUAGUAGAGACAGAGUCAUAAAAAAUUGUAUAGCCCAGACCUCAGCAGUAGUAAAAAACCUACGAGAAGAGAGAGAAAAGAAUUUGGAUGAUUUAACGUUAUUAAAGCAACUUAGAAAAGAGCAGACAAAGUUGAAAUGGAUGCAGUCAGAACUGAAUGUUGAAGAAGUGGUAAAUGACAGGAGCUGGAAGGUGUUUAAUGAACGCUGCCGAAUUCACUUCAAGCCUCCAAAGAAUGAAUAAAGAGAGAUACUGUAUUAAAGGACCGGGUCAUCUCAUCAGAGCUAAGCAUGACAGACAUCAACAGGCUGGGCUUCCCAAGGAUGAUAUCUGAGCCAACAGUCCAAGACCUUUUGUUGAUUUCAGCCCCACUUAGCCAGGACCUCAUGUCUAAGUAAUUCUGAUAAUUAUGAAAUAAUCAAACUGCUAUUUUAUACUGAUUCUGUAAAAAACAUUUUAUAACUAUUAAAAUAAUUUUCUGACUCAGCAUA